CUCGAACACACAGCGCAGCAACGUCCACACUUUCUUAUCCCUUUCACUUACAAUCUGAAGCACCUAGUUCCUUUGGCACAAAACGUUUUCGAGCUAUCCCCAAGAGGAAUUUCUUAGGCUAGAGGCAGGGGCCAGGGAUGCCUCUCCCUAGGCACUGGCAAAUAAGAGGGAGUCCUUAGUUUUUCAUCUUUAUCGAUCUCUAUUUUUAUUAUUUGAGCAGAGAAAGAG